GCGAGCAAAAGUGACGGAAAGUGAAGCUGACGAAGUAAGCGUAACCAAGUACGAAACCGAUACACCGAAGCGUUGCAAGGUUAUUCGACAAUACUCCUUACAAAUACCGUUUUAUUACGAGCAAAAAUGGCACAGAGAUUUCCUGUGCCAAAUGCAGGAAGUAAUGGGCCCCCGCCUCAACGGUAUCCGCCGUCGUCGGUGCCGCCAAAUCUACGGCAAUACUCUGGACCUAACUUCCCGAUGCAGCAGAGAUCUGGAUUCACUCCGCCUCCACAAAUGGGUAACGCUGGGCCAGGUCCUGGCGGGAUAAUGAGACCAAGUCAACCUUACUCAAAUAUGCGUCAGGGCCCAAUGCCUACACCGCCUGUUGGAAAGAGAAGUGCGGACCAACGUAUUCCUAUGUCCCAGCAAAAGCCGUAUGUUUGGAACAGUGAUUUUUCACAUUCCACAUCAAAGAAAAAGAAGAAAUUGGCAGACAAAAUAUUGCCGCAGAAAGUGCGCGAUUUGGUGCCAGAAUCGCAGGCUUAUAUGGACUUGCUGGCGUUCGAGAGAAAAUUGGACGCGACUAUCAUGCGAAAACGUCUUGAUAUUCAGGAAGCUUUAAAGCGCCCGAUGAAGCAGAAACGAAAAUUGCGUAUUUUUAUCUCAAACACAUUUUAUCCUGCUAAAGAGGCGGGCGAAGGAGAGGAAGGAUCUGUGGCAUCUUGGGAACUUAGAGUCGAAGGACGUCUUUUAGAUGACACGAAGAAUGAUCCCAAUAAGGUAAAGCGAAAGUUCUCGUCUUUCUUCAAAAGUUUGGUAAUAGAAUUGGACAAAGAUCUCUACGGUCCUGACAACCAUUUAGUCGAGUGGCACCGUACGUUGACUACUCAAGAAACCGACGGAUUUCAAGUUAAAAGACCGGGCGACAAAAACGUUCGCUGCACAAUCCUUCUUCUUCUCGAUUAUCAGCCAUUGCAGUUUAAAUUGGACCCAAGAUUAGCGCGGUUAUUAGGUGUGCACACACAGACGCGACCAGUCAUCAUAUCCGCACUCUGGCAAUACAUAAAGACCCACAAGCUCCAAGACAGUCACGAAAGAGAAUUUAUUAACUGUGAUAAAUACUUGGAACAAAUAUUUGCCUGCUCACGAAUGAAAUUUGCCGAAAUACCACAACGACUGAAUCCUUUGUUACAUCCACCCGAUCCCAUCGUUAUAAAUCAUGUUAUAAGCGUAGAAGGUACAGAAACGAAGCAGACUGCGUGUUAUGACAUUGACGUGGAAGUGGACGACACAUUGAAAACGCAGAUGAACAACUUCUUGCUGUCGACCGCAAGCCAGCAGGAAAUUCAAAGUUUGGAUAACAAAAUUCACGAAACCGUUGAGACGAUUAAUCAAUUGAAGACUAAUCGCGAGUUCUUCCUGAGUUUCGCUAAGGAUCCGCAACAGUUCAUCAACAAGUGGAUUAUCUCUCAGACUAGAGAUUUAAAGACCAUGACCGACGUUGUUGGCAACCCAGAGGAAGAACGGAGAGCUGAAUUUUAUUACCAACCUUGGGCACAGGAAGCUGUGUGUCGUUACUUUUAUACAAAAGUGCAGCAAAAACGAGCGGAGUUGGAGCAAGCACUGGGUAUCAGAAAUUCGUAAAAUUAUUAAAGCUGUACUUGAUCUUUUUAUCAUAAAGCUAUGUAAGAUAUUCGUAAGUGUCUGCCUUUAUAACUAUUGCUACAUGUAAUGCUAUAUUAUGGCUUAUCUUUCAAAACAUAUAUUUGUAACAUUAAUGUAGAAUAUACAAACUAGAGCUUUUGAUUGGAUACAUGUUUUAAUUUAAGAUUCACUGUACACGUAAUCCGUGUACACGGAUUUAAGGUGCCUUUAUUCACGUGCACCUGUGUACGUGACACGUGUACACAUACAUAUAGUCAUGUAUGUGAUACGUGUAUUCGGAUAUUCGUGUAUGCGACACGUGUACUCGAAUAUCCGUGCAUGUGUGAUGCGUGUAAACGUGUGCAAAUAUUAAUCAAAAUUUGAUGAAAGAUCUCUAUUUCUGCAUAUGUGGUCUGACAUAUGUAUACGCAUAAUUCCAGCAUUCCAAGUUUUAUCCAGAUUUUAUCACAUAAUUCUCUAAAUAUUUUCCUAUUGAGGUAUACACGGCUACACGUUUACAUAUGUCACAUACACGGAUAUUCGUGUAUCACGUUCGCAGAUAUUCGUGAACACGUGUUCAUGGAUUCACGUAAAUAGAUUCUUUAAAUUCGUGUACACGGGUUAAAACAUGUAUAAGAUAAAUACACGGAUUACAUGUAUAGUCUAGUACACGUGUACUAGGGAGCUGUAAUACAAACAAAUUGCAUUAAUUUACUCAAAGCAAAGUUUAUACCUGUAUGAAAAUAAAAAUAUAACAAAGAA